AUGACUACUCCAGGCCAGCAGGUUCCAGUGGAAUCAAUUAUCCUGCAAGUCCUCCAACAACUGCAGCAACAGCAGGCGGUGACAAGUCAGCUUCUCGCCAACCAACGGGAGGCCCAGGAACAACAUCGGAUGCUUAUGCAGCAGAAUCGUGAUGCUCUUCAGAAUAUUAGGUUGCAGAUUCCAGAGAGUCCGGAGACCAUCCUGGAUUCGAUCGGUGCAAAUAUAAAAGACUUCCGAUAUGACACGGAGGAAGGCGUUACGUUCGCGGCUUGGUUUUCACGAUACGAUAAGUUAUUCGCGAAAGAUGCUGCAAGGUUAGAUGACGCAGCCAAAGUGAGGUUAUUAGUCCGGAAGUUGGGAGUAGUUGAACACGAACGCUUCCUGAGUUUCAUCAUGCCUAAGACUCCUAAGGAUUUUAACUUCCAGCAGGUCGUGAAUAAGCUCAAGACGUCGUUUGGAGCAGCGGAAUCAGUGAUUAGUAAGCGCUACCGUUGCUUACAGACAAUAAAGUCUCCAACAGAGGACUAUUUAUCUUAUGCUUGUCGCGUCAAUAAGAACUGCGUAGAGUUUGAACUGUCAAAGCUCUCAGAGGACGAAUUUAAGUCACUGGUAUUCGUCUGCGGAUUAAGAGGUGAAUCCGAUACUGAUAUCUGCACUCGUCUCCUUACUAAGAUCGAGGAUAGCAUAGCCGUCACUCUCGAACAGUUGUCGACCGAAUGUCAACGGCUGAUGAACCUUCGACAUGAAACAGCCAUGAUCGAGAGUGGUUCUAAUUCGGUCAACGUUAUCAACGGAAAACAUCAGAAAUUUCGGAAGCAGACGAAACAGGAGAGUUUCCCGAAACGGUCACCACCGGCAAAUGAGAAGAAAAGGCCGUCUGGGCCGUGUUGGAAUUGUGGGUUGAUGCAUUUCAGCCGUGAUUGCACUUUUAAAAACCAUCAGUGUGCCGAAUGCAAGCGUUACGGCCACAAAGCAGGUUAUUGUGAAAUUGCCAAGAAAACCUCCCGUCCGAAUUUCAAGCGGAUGUCUCAGCGUGUACCUGUAGAUACUAAAACCGUCGAAGUAUCAGUGGGUGUAGUUCAAGAUAUACGAAAGUUCGUUUCCGUCAUGUUAAAUGGAGUGUCCGUUCGAAUGCAAUUUGAUACCGCUUCGGACAUAAGUGUCGUGUCUGUCCGUACAUGGAAGCAGCUAGGAAGUCCGGAAGGGAAAUCACCGUCGGUGAAUGCUAAAGCAGCCUCCGGAGACCCACUCAAACUAGUUUCACAGUUCGACUGUCCAGUGAGUGUCAAGGGUGUAACGCAUGUAGGUACGAUUUUCGUCACGGAGAGGGACUUGCACAUCCUAGGUCUGGAUCUAAUCGAAGCAUUCCAGCUUGAUUCGGUUCCAAUGAGUGCAUUUUGUAACGAAGUCUCCGUAUCAUCGCCGUUAGCGGAGCGUCUCAAAGCGCAGUAUCCGCAAGUUUUCAGCAGCGAGCUGGGUAAGUGUACUAAAACGGCAGUAAAGCUCGAACUCAAGCCAAACCAGCAGCCGGUGUUUCGACCCAAACGUCCAGUGGCGUAUGCCAUGUAUAAUACGGUGGAUGAUGAGCUUGAUCGGUUGGAGCGUAUGAAUAUCAUCACGCCGGUAGACUAUUCGGAGUGGGCGGCUCCGAUAGUGGUAGUCCGAAAAGCGAACGGGAGCAUAAGAAUUUGUGGGGAUUACUCCACUGGUUUGAAUGACGCCAUUCAACCAAAUCAGUAUCCCUUGCCCCUUCCACAGGACAUCUUUGUAAAGCUCGGUAAUUGCAAGAUUUUCAGCAUAAUUGAUGUGUUCGAGUCCUAUCUUCAGCUGGAAGUCGACGAGCCCACCAGUAAACUCCUGGCCAUUAACACUCACCGGGGCAUUUACAAGGUCAACCGUUUAGCACCCGGAGUGAAAGCUGCGCCAGGAGCAUUCCAACAAGUUGUCGAUGCAAUGCUGGCAGGUCUGCAGCACACGAGUGGAUACAUCGACGACAUCGUCGUCAGUGGGCGUACCGAGAAAGAGCAUUGGGAGAACCUGAAGGCACUAUUUGAACGUCUACGAGAGUUUGGAUUUACCAUACGUCUGGAGAAGUGCUCCUUUGGGGCUAGCCAAAUUAAGUACCUGGGACACUUGCUGGAUCAACAUGGGGUUCGACCGGACCCAGGAAGGGUUGAAGCGAUCAGACAAAUGCCUGCACCUGUCGACGUGUCUGGUGUCCGCGCAUUUCUAGGAGCCAUCAACUAUUACGGCAAAUUCGUGCCAAAUAUGCGUGCCCUACGAUUUCCUUUGGACGAGUUGCUGAAGGCGGGCACGAAGUUCGAGUGGACGGCGGAAUGUCAGUCAGCUUUCGAUAAUUUUAAAGAUAUCCUGUCGUCGGAGCUGCUCCUAACGCACUACAACCCAGAGCUAGAAAUUAUUGUCGCUGCCGACGCAUCGUCCAUUGGUUUAGGAGCCACGAUUAGUCAUCGGUUUCCUGACGGUUCUGUGCGAGUUAUCCAGCAUGCAUCUAGAUCCCUAGCCCCAGCGGAACGAAACUAUAGUCAACCUGAUCGAGAGUGCCUGGCGAUAAUAUUUGCGGUCACGAAAUUUCAUCGCAUGGUCUUUGGGCGCAAGUUUCGGCUCCAAACCGAUCAUGCACCGUUACUUCGUAUAUUCGGCUCGAAAAAGGGCAUUCCCGUGUACACCGCCAACAGAUUGCAACGGUGGGCCCUGACGCUGCUUAUGUAUGAUUUUACCAUCGAAUACGUGGCCACGGAGAAGUUCGGUCACGUGGAUGUGUUAUCUCGCCUCAUCAACCAACACGUUCGAUUGGAUGAGGAUUACGUCAUCGCUUCUAUAUCGCUUGAGGAUGAUGUCAGAUUAGUUGCUUUCGAUUCCUUCAACGUCCUUCCGCUCCAUUUUAGAGAAGUUCAGCAAAGUACAGAGAACGAUCCGGUUCUCAGUAAGGUGGUUCAGUACAUUCACCAGGGCUGGCCAUCCAAGCAGACCGUGGCAUCCAAUCCUGAGCUGCAGCAAUUCAACAACCGACGGGAAUCGCUCACUACUGUACAGGGAUGCGCACUUUUCGGUGAGAGACUAGUUAUUCCGUCUCGUCUACGAAAACGUUGUCUGGAUCAGUUACAUACUGGCCACCCGGGAAUCGGAAGAAUGAAGGCCAUUGCCCGAAGCUACGUGUACUGGCCUGCGAUUGAUGCUGAAGUCGAAAAGGCCGUUAAGGCGUGCAUACAGUGCGCGCUUGCUGCAAAGACAUCCCCUCGAGUCGCACCUGUACCUUGGCCAAAGCCACAACGGCCAUGGGAACGGGUCCAUGUGGACUACGCCGGACCGCUCGAUGGAGACUAUUUUUUACUGGUACUGGACUCCUUCACCUAG